AUGGAUGGGAAUGUUUCGAGUGGUGUGAAUGGGAAGUCUUGUGACUUGAAGAUGGAGUUUGGAGUUUCUGAUCUAGUUUGGGGUAAAGUGAGGACUCAUCCCUGGUGGCCGGGCCAAAUUUGUGAUCCUUCGGAUGCUUCGGAGCUGGCAAAGAAGUGUUGUAAGAAGGGUAGUUAUCUGAUAGCUUACUUUGGGGACCAGACAUUUGCUUGGAAUGAAGCACCAAAGAUUAAACCCUUUUUGGAGCACUGCUCAAAGAUGGAGAGGCAGAGUGAUAAGGAAGAGUUCCAGAAUGCAGUUGCUUGUGCUUUGGCGGAAGUGUCGAGAAGGGUAGAGUUUGGCCUUGCCUGUUCUUGCAUAUCCAAGGGGGAAUAUGCAAAGCUCAAAACUCAGAAGAUUGUAAAUGCUGGAAUCAGGAAAGAAGCAUGUACAAGAGAUGGCGGUGACAGUUCUCUUGGCGCCUCUUUUUUCGAACCUGCGAAAGUCAUCAAGUUUAUGAAGAGUGUGGCUCAGUUGCCAUAUGGCAAAGCUGACAGACUAGAAUUUGUAACAUCUCACGCUCAGUUAUCAGCUUUCAGGCGCUGGAAGAGUCAUGUCCCUUUGCCAGAGGAGAAUGUUUCUGAUAUAUCGUUUAUGGGAGAGAAGAGCCGCUGCAAUGAAGCAAGUGAUAAAAAACUCUCUGUAAUUGAGGAUGAGAAGUUGGUGCCAAAAUCAGAGAGUAAAGAUAACUCCUUUGAUGAGUUCAAGGACAUAUCAGACUCAAAAACUCAGAAAUGUUUGUUUCCAAUGAGUGAUAGUGAAUCAGAAGGGAAAGCUGGCAGUGAAUUGAUUUUGCAAUCUUGCAAGAAAAGGAAGGAGCUUGAUUUUAUAGCUGAUGAAGAUGUACUCCCAUUAAUCAAGGAUGGCAAGUUGGUGGGGAUUUUAGAAACUAAAGACAAUUCGCUGCAUAAAUGUUGGCUCAUACCUGGAGAUGGUAAGAAUUCGAGUGAAAAUGAACAAAACUUGUCAGAUUUGGAGGGUACAAUUUGUGUGUCCGACUUAAUGAGUGAGAAAGGUUCAAAAGGGAAGGGAGAUGGUAAAUUGAUCUCACAACCUUCUGCUAAGAAACGAAAGGAAGUUGAUGUGAUGGCUAAUGAUGGUGCUUUGGAACAUAGGAAAAGUGACUCAUCACAGGAAAUUGGUAGCAAUGUGAACAAUAUGUCCAUCGGAUUUGAAGAGUUUUUUAACAUGUUUCUGCAGCGGUAA